GUUGUUCCUCUAGCGCCCCGGCCACCCCUCCGCAGAGAUGUGGCCUGGCCUCAAAUGCCGCCUCUGCUCGCUCUUUCGCUGCCCGCGAGCGGCUGCAGCUGCUCUCAACCGUGCUUACCAUGGGGACAAGGUGGCCACUGUGGGCUCACAGCCUGACGCCGCCUCCUCGCUUUAUCAGGAAAACUAUGAACGAAUGAAAGCACUAGUGACAGAACUUCAACAGCAAUCAGAAAAGAUCAGAUUAGGUGGCGGAGAGAAGUCACGGAACCUUCACACAUCAAGAGGAAAAUUGUUACCUAGAGAAAGAAUUGACAGACUUAUAGAUCCUGGGUCUCCAUUUUUGGAGUUCUCCCAGUUUGCAGGUUACCAGCUAUAUGGCAAUGAAGAGGUACCAGCAGGUGGCAUCAUUACAGGCAUUGGGCGGGUGUCAGGAGUGGAGUGUUUGAUUAUUGCCAAUGAUGCAACUGUCAAAGGUGGAACAUAUUAUCCAAUCACUGUAAAGAAACAUUUACGUGCUCAAGAAAUUGCAAUGCAAAAUCAUCUCCCUUGUCUGUACUUAGUUGAUUCUGGAGGUGCGAACUUGCCUCGCCAGGCAGAGGUGUUUCCUGAUCGUGAUCAUUUUGGUAGGAUUUUCUAUAACCAAGCAGUCAUGUCCUCACAGAGAAUUCCACAGAUUGCUGUGGUUAUGGGUUCGUGCACAGCAGGAGGCGCCUAUGUUCCUGCAAUGGCUGAUGAAAGUAUAAUAGUGGGCAGACAGGGAACUAUUUUCUUGGGAGGACCUCCAUUGGUUAAAGCAGCAACUGGAGAGGAGGUAUCAGCAGAGGAUCUUGGAGGUGCUGAUCUUCACUGCAGAAAAUCUGGCGUAACUGAUCACUAUGCUCUGGAUGAUAAUCAUGCACUCCAUUUAGCUAGAAAAGUGGUGAGGAGUUUGAAUUACCAGAAGAAAGUUGAUGUGACAGUAGAACCUUCAGAAGAACCUUUAUUUCCUCCUGAUGAACUCUAUGGAAUAGUUGGAGAGCAGCUUAAAAGAAACUUUGAUGUCAGAGAGGUUAUUGCUAGAAUUGUUGAUGGAAGCAAAUUUGAUGAAUUUAAAGCCUUAUAUGGGGAUACGUUAAUAACAGGGUUUGCUCGAAUAUUUGGUUACCCAGUAGGAAUCAUUGGAAACAAUGGUGUUCUUUUUUCAGAAUCAGCAAAAAAGGGCACUCAUUUUAUUCAGCUUUGUUGUCAGAGAAAUAUUCCAAUUGUGUUUUUGCAAAAUAUCACAGGAUUCAUGGUUGGUAAAGACUAUGAAGCUGGUGGAAUAGCAAAAGAUGGAGCCAAGAUGGUUACUGCUGUAGCAUGUGCCAAUGUGCCUAAAAUAACAGUUAUUAUUGGAGGUUCCUAUGGUGCUGGAAAUUAUGGGAUGUGUGGAAGAGCAUAUAGUCCAAGAUUUCUCUUUAUGUGGCCAAAUGCUCGGAUCUCAGUGAUGGGUGGAGAACAAGCUGCGAUGGUUUUGGCUACAAUAGCCAAGGACCAAAAAGCAAGGGAAGGGAAACAGUUCUCUGAACAGGAGGAGAAAGCACUGAAAGAACCAAUAAUCCAGAGGUUUGAAGAGGAAGGAAAUCCUUAUUAUUCCAGUGCCAGGCUGUGGGAUGAUGGAAUUAUCGACCCAUCAGACACAAGACUGGUUUUGGGUCUCAGCCUGAGCGCUGCACUCAAUGCCCCCACCAAGAAGACAGAGUUCGGAGUAUUCAGAAUGUGAUUUGAAAGCCGUGGCCAGGAUAUCUCUGGAUUAUUAAUAUGAUUUUAAUUAAGAUUUGAAAUAAAGAUUUGUGCAAUACUA